GCGCGAGCGUGUGAGUUUGUGUGUUCCGUCAUGUCUGGCCGCGGUAAGCAAGGAGGCAAGGCCCGCGCCAAGGCCAAGUCGCGGUCGUCCCGCGCCGGCCUGCAGUUCCCGGUGGGGCGCGUGCACCGGCUGCUGCGCAAGGGCAACUACGCGGAGCGCGUGGGUGCGGGCGCGCCCGUGUACAUGGCUGCCGUGCUGGAGUACCUGACGGCCGAGAUCCUGGAGCUGGCGGGCAACGCGGCCCGCGACAACAAGAAGACGCGCAUCAUCCCGCGCCACCUGCAGCUGGCCAUCCGCAACGACGAGGAGCUCAACAAGCUACUGGGCAAGGUGACGAUCGCGCAGGGCGGCGUCCUGCCCAACAUCCAGGCCGUGCUGCUGCCCAAGAAGACCGAGAGCCACCAUAAGGCGAAGGGCAAGUGAGGCCGCUGCCCGCAUCUUGGCGGCUCGCGUCUCGGGGACGCUCGCGAACUCAAAGGCUCUUUUCAGAGCCACCCA